AUGGCUUUCCUUGGUCUCUUCUCAAAACGCGACAAGAACAAGGCUCAGGAUGCGGCUACCAUCCACACCACAAGCGCAGCCUCUGACCUGGAUCCCAGCGAGCCCGACUACGUCCUGCCGUCAUCGAGCAAGGGUCCCUCCCUCUACUCAGUGCCUGGGGCCUCCUCUUCAAAGCUGAGGCUUGGAUUCAAAUCAAAGAGGCCCCCUCCCGCCGCGCUCAAUGACAGCAACCUCCUUGCGCCCCCAUCCUCGACGUUCCAGAGCUUCAGGUCGGGGUCCGAGAACAACCUCACUCCUCCUCCUCCGAAGUCGGCCAUCUUCGCGGGCUACGGCGACCCAACGAGCGCACAUUCCACGAGGUCGCUUCCAGCACAUCCCACCGUCCACUCUCGCUCAAAUUCAAAAGAGUACGUCGAUCUUGCCAACGCUCCGCCUCUCCUUCCGCCGAAGAACGGUAAAGGCGGCCUCUUCUCCUGGGCGCACAGAGAGCGCAAGAAGUCAAAAGCCCCGCCUCCCCCACCACAGCUGAACGCUGCAUCCGCGUCCGACGUUAACCUCGAUUCGGACUCGUUCAACCUCCGUGCAUUCCGCCAUGUUCGCCCCGUUUCUCCGAGCGAGCCACCGCCUUCGAUGUUACCCCCAGUCCGUCCUCGCCCACGCGAGAACAGCUUCGCCUCCGAUUCCUCCCAACGUAUCUCUGUAGCCGCCUUCAGGGAAGCCCAGGCCCGACGCAGCGCCGCCAAUUCUCCGACCCCUUCCUCAGUCAACAUGCUCUCUCCUGGAUCUGCGAACGGGCUCAGGCCGCCGUCGUCUUUCGCGAUGCGGAAGUCGAGAAGCAUCAGUGGCGACAGUGAUACUGACGAUUCUGAGGAGGCCGAAUCGGAAGCGGACUCCACGUUGAAGCCACGGCGCAACCGGUCCACAAAGCCACGAACCACUUCUCCCGUAGUGACCCCUGGGAAGAAGUCCGUCAGCGAGCUGGGUCAUAAGACCUUCAGGACCACGCCGCCACAACCGCCACCCAUGGUGAAGUCAGCGACUACUACAACAUCGUUCUCGGCGAACGACGCGUCGAGGGAGUCGAUGUAUGCGAGGCCACGUGCGUCUGCUUCUACUUCGGCUUUGCAACCCAACGCUGCGGCGCGUCAGGCUUCGCUCUUAGUUUCACAGCAAACGGUGCACCCACAACACCAGCAGCAGCGCGGCCAAGCUCAGCCACCGGGGAAGUUCGCCACCCCUCCUGCGAAACCCUCUCCGAAGACCACCCGUUCCACCUACCACGCCUCCUCCUCUUCAUCUUCAUCAUCCUCAAGCUCCUCCGAGGAUUCCGACUCAGAUGAUGCGCCUUUGGCCACGUUGGUCGGACCCAAACGACCAGGUAGCGCCGCAUCUUCCGCGCCUUCCUCUGCAUCCCGCGCGCGGGCGGCACCGCGUCUGCCACACAAGCCGCUUGUUGAUAUCACCGGGAUAGCACCUCCGACUCCACCGUCUGUCUUCGGUGAUACUGAUCGUCCACCGCUGCCUGCGAAGGAUUUGCCGCAGCCUUCUCCUCAAGCGCCCCAGAAGCCAGGCCACGCUUUGAAGCCCAGCCUCAACGAUCGCCUCGCGCGCUUGGCCAAGAAUGCAGCGAAGUCUACGGAGAAUGUGGAUCAGGCGAAGGAUGCGGAGUCGGGGCGCAAGCUUCCGACUCGCAGUGAGACUAUGCCCGUCGAGUCUCUGUCACUCCCGCCGAAACCUUCGGACGACGAGCCGUCACCGCCGCCCGCGGCACGACAGUCGCGGAAGGUCAACGGCCGCUCGAUGUCUUCCCCCAACGCGACGCUCGACGAAGUCAAGGCUCAGUCAGAGGGUGUUCCGAUCGUGCCGAUCUCUAUACGGACACGCACGCCUCCCCCGACCUUUGCUGUCACAUCGCGACCUCCGUCGCAGUUUCCUGCGGAUCCGCAAGAUUCUCGAGCUUCAGAAGAGACCGUGCGCGUUGGCCGUCAGAGGGCGUCCACGCUUGUGUCAGAUGGGGAUCUGUCGAGCAGCCAAGGCUUCACUGGAGGAGGGCUGCUUGCUGCUGUAUCGCCGUCCCGAGCUACACAAGCGCCCGCUUCUCGUGGCCGACAGCGGUCGAGCACAAUGAUCACGACACCGUCAAUGUCUUCCUCCCAGUCUUCACUUGCCGUGGACACACUGUCGAGACCGAUUCUCCGUACGUCGCAGGCAUCAUCGUCAUCCUCCCAGGAUCUGGUCCCACCCCGACUUGUCACCCGUUCGAGCAGUCCUGCUUCCGAGCAGAGCACGACAACUUCGGGGUCAUCCGCGCCCACAGCUUUGCGAUCGACGUUCAAGCCGAAAUCGGUGUUGAAGUCUUCGUCGUCAUCAGCCCAGUCGUCCCCUGUGGAUACGCGGUCUCGUCAAGCAAUUUUCCCUUCGGAAGAGACCCCGCCACGCAAGCCUUUCGCUGGUACGAGUUACACCGUAGCCUUACGCGGGAACAGCCCAGCAAGUUCUACCGGGGAUUCUAGCAGUGGUCGGACGCCUAUCACUCCUGUGGAUGGCAGUGAUAUCGGCACCAUGUCCACGAAGCGAGGGCACCGCAAAAGUUCCAGCGUUACGUUCGACGAGCAGAGUCGUGGUCGUCCGGGUUCGCGGGAGGGGAAGAAGGGAGAGGCAUCUGACAAUGACGAGGCUAGGAGACGCGAGAGGAGACGCAGCGAGGCCAAGGCAGCUAUCGAGCUGGGGAAGAUCGUCAAUGGCCGCGGCCCGAUCAUCACGACAGACGACGAAGGCACGCCGGAGAACAUGGGCCCGCGCAUCAGCAUGUUUAACCCUAUGGUGGGCCCAGGCAUGAACCCCAUGGGGCCUCUCGGCGCCUCAACGCCUUCCCCGAUGCCGUGGAGCCAGCCGGGGUCCCCAAGUGGGAUGAUGAACCCCAUGUUCCCGAUGAUGCCCCCUAGCACGGACCCGAUGCUCCUCGCAGCGCACCAGCAGGCGAUGAUGGCAGCCAAGCAAGCGUUCCAGAUGGCGUUCGCCCAGCAGGCGCUCGCUGCUGCUAACGAGGAGUGGGAGCGUGGGAGCACCGCCGCGAGUGCGUACGGCGGGUUUAGCGGUAUGGGCGGCAUGGGCGGUAUGCCGAUGGGUGGGGGGAUGAUGCCGGGGAUGGGUAUGCCGUGGGGGAUGCAGAUGUUCCCGACCUCGCCGUCGAUGUACGCGGGAAGUGUCAUGGGGGGAAGCGAGCUCGGUGUCCCGAACCCGGGGCGGGGCGCGGGGUGGGCUUCGCGCACGGCGUAUAAUGAGCAGGGAGGAUACACAGGCAGUGCCGCUGAGCGGGCCUCUGCCGUGUAUAGGAGUUCACAGUACAUGGCGUUGGGAGGUGGGGGCGGGUUCUCUGGAGCUAGAAGCGAGAUCGGUGGUCCAACGAGCCGUGGGCAGCAGCGGCCGCGCACAAAAACUAACCCAUCGGAUGCGCCUUUACCGUCGCCUGUCAAGAGGGGCGGGCCUCCGCCGUCGAGCUGGAGUACGAGAGGCACUAAACCCGCAUAG